GUGACGCAAGAGACCCGGAAAAAGGGCAAUGCGCAUGCGCCAUUGAGCCGCUAGCUGCUCUUCGCUGUAUAAGUGCUUACCAUGGUGCCAGACGCCGCUCUCAUUCUAGAAACUGUAGAUUUUGCGGCUGGGAAGCAUAGACUGCAAAAGAGAAAAGAUGUUGAGGGGACGCCUUAUAUUAACCAUCCGAUAGGUGUUGCUAGGAUAUUAUCUCAUGAGGCUGGAAUCAGUGAUAUAGCAGUGCUGCAGGCAGCACUACUGCACGAUACUGUAGAAGAUACCGACACGACAUUUCUGGAAAUUGAGGUGAAGUUUGGGCAGGAGGUCCGGAAAAUAGUAGAGGAGGUGACUGAUGAUAAGACAUUACCGAAAAUGAAAAGAAAGCAGCUGCAGAUAGAACAUGCACCACACUGCAGCCACAAGGCCAAGCUGGUCAAAUUGGCAGACAAGUUAUACAACCUACGGGACCUGAACCGCGGCACUCCCAAAGGCUGGUCAGAACGACGAGUCCAGGAGUAUUUCCAGUGGGCAUUCCAAGUGGUAAACGGUCUACGAGGAACCAACUUAGUGAUGGAAAGUAGCCUGGAUCAGCUAUUCAGAGAUAGGGGAAUUGAGGCCUAAAUAUUCCAGAAAAUUAUUUAACCUAACCUGUGUCAUAAAUGAUGUGCUGCUUACAGUGACGAGAGUUUAAAGUUAUGCGCUGAUAUUUCUAAUACUGUGGUGAAUUUUGUACUAUUUUAUGAAAUAAAUAGUGCUUGUAAUGGAGGUAGCGUUCCUUUCCAGGCUGUACCCCAUUGGCAACUUGCAGAGACCAGGAUGCUUUACUUAACAACAAGCACACAAUGGGUAUCUGGACUAUGCAUUAGGUCGACAGGUUCAAAAUUGUCGACAGCUUUUAUUUUUUUUAGCAUUGUAUUCAACUUUUUCAUACUUUAUCAUCCACUUGGACUACGAUUGGGAAUAGUAAACUGUCAAGUGCAGCGUGGCACCUUGCCCAAAGCAUGGCGAGCGAAGCAAAGACCCGGUACACUAAUUAGGGUUCCAUGGCCCUCAUUCCGAGUUGUUCGCUCGCAAGGCGAUUUUAGCAGAGUUACACACGCUAAGCCGCCGCCUACUGGGAGUGAAUCUUAGCUUCUUAAAAUUGCGAACGAUGUAUUCGCAAUAUUGCGAUUACAAACUACUUAGCAGUUUCAGAGUAGCUUCAGACUUACUCGGCAUCUGCGAUCAGUUCAGUGCUUGUCGUUCCUGGUUUGACGUCACAAACACACCCAGCGUUCGCCCAGACACUCCUCCGUUUCUCCAGCCACUCCUGCGUUUUUCCCGGAAACGGUAGCGUUUUCAUCCACACGCCCAUAAAACGCCGUGUUUCCGCCCAGUAACACCCAUUUCCUGUCAAUCACAUUACGUUCGCCGGAGCGAAGAAAAAGCCGUGAGUAAAAAAACUAUCUUCAUAGCAAAAUUACUUGGCGCAGUCGCAGUGCGAACAUUGCGCAUGCGUACUAAGCAGAAAAACGCUGCGAUGCGAAGAAAAUUACCGAGCGAACUACUCGGAAUGAGGGCCCAUGUGCUGUGACUGCAAAAACUACACCAAAGAAAAACGUAAAAAUGUUUUCAACCUUUUUUGUGUCUAUCUUUAGUCAUGUCGACCUGUUCACCCUGUAAACCAUUGAAUAAACAGGCGGUAACAACUAGAUAGAUUAACGUAAUGUAUGUGGUGUUAGUGACUUUGUGCCUUAUUCACGGUUGGACAGUACUGCUGCCGUGACUGCUUCUUUAUGCUAAUACAAUAGCUGAUGGAGCUGCGGCACUAAAGUCACACCAUCGGUCACACAUUACAGAAUGACCAUCGGGAACUGAUCACUGGUACAAGUGGAACUGGGUCUUUGGAUGCAGCCACUGGCCGCGACACUCCUGCAUCUGCUUAGCUCCUCCCCCCAUUACCUCCCAGCAACAACCACAGAAAUUGCCUCUCUGUGCGUCUAAAUUGAUCCUACGUCCCCCGAUGGUAACCAUCAGUAUGCAUGCACAGUGCAACUCGCAUGUGCUGACUUACAAUAUUGGCUGCUUCUGUCCACCUCUGAAUUAGGCCAGUCAAGUCAAUAUAAUUUACUAUAUAUCACUGUAUAGCUUGUAGACAGCCAAUACAUAGUUUGGGUGGGUACUAAUAUAAAUGGGAUGGAUUGUUUCUUGACGAUAGAAAACCACUAUAUUUCUUUACACUGCUGGUUAGGAAAGAAGGGAAGGUCUGAACUACUUAUUUUUUAUUUUUACAUCCCAGAACUAAAGUGCGACGAACUCCAUUUCCCCUGAAUAACUGCUGUCAUAUACAGUACUGUGACAAAGCAGCAACUAAGUGCUGCAUGCAGCCUCUCCUGCUCCCAAACACUCGCUCAUUAUGUCUGUGGAUGAGAUGAGCAUCCCUCACUUACUCAUACCUCCCAACAUGACCCUCUCCAGGAGGUACGGAAUGCUCUGCUCCUGGACUUCCCUCUUUAACUUAUGAUUGCCAUCACCUAUGCUGAAACACCUUUCUUAUACAUUAACCUGUUCAAAACAGGUGUCUGCAAUCAUAAAUUAGAAGAAAAGUCCAGGAGCAGAGCAUUUUGUCCUUCCUGGAGAGGGUCAUGUUGGGAGGUAUGACUUACUGUCACUAUAGGAGUAAUACAGGGCUUACAAAAGCUUUCUGUUGUGACACCAACCAUUGUUUAUUUCACAUGUGAAAGGAUUUAAAGAAACAAUGUAUGGCUACACCAGUCAGUUUAGAUUCAUACUGUUCAGCUGUUAUCUAUUUAAUGAUAAAACCAGAAAAUUUGGCUUUUAAAUUGAAUAUACUUAGUUGACUUUACCUAGGUCAAAUUUGCAUACCUCCCAACAUGACCCUCUCCAGGAGGGACAGAAUGCUCUGCUCCUGGACUUCCCUCUUAAUUUAGUAUUGCCAUCACCUGUGCUGAAAACACCUUUCUUAUCCAUGAACCUGUUCAAAACAGGUGCUGGCAAUCAUACAUUGAGAAAAGUCCAGAAGCAGAGCAUUGUGUCCCUGGAGAGGGUCAUGUUGGGAGGUAUGAAUUUGUUUGUGUAGCCAAGAUCUAGCCCAGAGGUUCCCAAACAUGGCCCUCAAGGCACCCCAACAGUCCAGGAUUUAGGUAUAUCCAUGGCUCAGAACAGAUGGUUAAAUCAAAUUGACUGAGGUGGUAAUUAAGGAUGGAUACAUUUAAAACCUGGACCGUGGGGUGCCUUGAGGACCGUGUUUGGGAAUCUCUGAUCUCAGGGAGUUGCAUUGCAACAAAAUAAAUACAAUAACACUAAUGUAAGUUUAAAUAACAGCCAUUCUUAGAGAGCAUGUUAUAAGUUUAUAAUUAAAGGAAAUCAGAAGGUUUUUUUAAAUAAAUUGAAUCAAUGAGUUGA